CCAAGUCGGCGGUUUUAACCAUAUUUAAUAGACGACAAUCUCAAGAUUGGGGUUCUUCUGAUCUAUACGGUCAUAUCUAGCGAAGUAUUACAAGCUUAGCUACUCGCAAGAGCCGACGACGUUGCGAAUGCCCUCACCAGAGCAGCCCGAGUUGCUCGCUACACCUUGCGUUACAUGCCGUGAACAUCAUUUGAAAUGCGAUCGUGAGGUUCCUAGAUGCGGCCGCUGUGUUCGCGCGGGUCGCGAGUGCAAACUAGGCUUCAAAUUCAAACCUAGCAAAGAUACCUUUAGUAUAGAUCAAAGAUGGCCUAGGCCGCCAAGACAGUUAAUUUAUGUCGACGAGACUCAGAGUCUGACUACAGGAAGUCCUAUAGAGGAAAACACAUCCCAAUAUGAGUUUCGCUUAGAUAACACUGAUAUAAGAGGUAUGGAGUCAACCUCUUCCACUACGACGACAUUGACGACGGCAUCAACGACGACGCUUCCAGCGAUAACCAGUCUGAGAGAGUACACGGAGACAGGAAAGCACCUAAGGGUUCAUGACUUCUUUUUAAAUGAAAACACAUCUCCAACCGAGCAUUACCCUUAUAAAGAAAGUGUAGGAGCAAGAUCUGCGGCCACCGGACCAUACAAUGUACAGACGCUAUUAGCAGGGCAUGACGUCCGGAUACCGCCUCUCAGGAACAUCAUAACGUCAACCCUCCGAACGUCGUCGGCAUUGCCACUCAAGGACCGGACAGAGGCACUACUUUUCCGGCACUACAUCCAGAAGCUGGCUAUUUGUCUGGACUUGUGCGACCCACACCGGCAUUUCGAACUUGUUGUCCCGGAACGUGCUGCAGAGUCUCACACGCUUCUGAACGCGAUAUUCGCCAUAGCUGCGAGACAUCUAAGCCAUACGACGGAUUUCGACCCUCUUGCCUCAAAUAGGUACCAUGACGAGUGCUUAAGAUAUCUUAUUCCCAUGUUGAAUCAUGCCUCGACGGUGUCGGAUGAGAAUUUAUUUGCGGCGACGAUCAUCCUGCGUAUGCUCGAGGAGAUGGAUGUUCCAACAACAGGACAGGAUACAUAUAGCCAUCUACUCGGUAUCCAUGCCUUCGUCAAUGUUGGAGAUCAUUAUAUGGUGCCAGGCAGUUUAAGCGCGGCAUCAUUCUGGGUAGGGCUACGGCAAGAGAUUUAUAUCGCUGUAAUAACGCAACAGCCUGUCAAACUUUCUUUAAAUCACUUCAUGGUGGACCGAUCGUUCGAGCCAGCUGACGAUUACACGUGGUCAAAUCGUGCGAUCGUUCUCAUUGCGGACGUCCUCAACUUCUGCUUCGGCGAAAAUUCCUUUACGGUUGGUGAAUGGAACGCGCUAGAUGAGGCAUGCCAAAAGUGGUCUGCCACUCGACCCCCUUCCUUCAACCCGUUUUUCUACCGGGAGCGUGCGGCUUCUAUGGCUUUUCCCGAAGUGUGGCACGGUUCAAGUUGUCAUGUCAUCGGAAUCCAGCAUCAUAUUCUCGCCCAACUAUUCUUGACGCAAUUCGACCCAUCGAUCCCCAAAGUGGGUACAAAUCGACGGGCGGCAGUGAAGCGAAUGACCCAUCGUAUAGAGAACCUUAUGAGAGAGCUUUGUGGUAUCGGAGUCUGUAAUAAGUGGACACCGCCGGGCAUGUUCACAGCUUGUAUGGGCAUAGCUAUGUUUGGUGACCAAUUUGGCGAACGACCGGACCAGGAGGCUUUAAUCGACUUACUAAAAAUGACCGAGGGGGAUCACGCUCGUCCAACUGCAGCAAUACAGCAGCAGCUAAUGAAAGCAUGGGGUUGGAUACCAGAGGGAGAUGAGUAGAUAUACGUAAAAUCUGAUUGGUGAUUUAUCAGAUCACAAUGUCGGAUCCAAGGGGUCCAAGCUGUCCGAACGCCAAUGAGUGGGAGGAUC